GCUAUUACUCCAGAGCAAAUGCUCAGUGCCCCACGUCGCUCAGAAGCUGUGCCCAAUCCUACUGGCGAAUGGGCUAUCUUUUCCGCAAGCUCUUAUUCUUUCGAGAAGAAGGAAUCAUCUUCCAAUUGGAACUUGCUUAACCUGAAGAAUGGAACCAUCGGGUCUCUGGACGUGUUCACCGAGGACGUUUCUGAGGUUGUGUGGAUUCCCGGAAGUACCACCGAAGUGAUCUAUAUCAACGGUACCAACGAGGAGGCUGCGGGUGGAGUAACGCUAUGGCUUGGUGAUCUCUUUGAGCUUUUAAGCUUUAAACUGGUAGCUUCUUUGCCUGGCCCAUUUUCCGGGUUGAAAGUUUCCAAGACAGCCUCGGGCGAUCUUAAAUUCCUAGUAAAUGCCUUGGCUUACCCGAAUGGCACCGUGUACAAUGCCGAAACAGCCUCAAAACCAAGGAGUACCGGUAGAUUAUAUUCAGACACCUUCGUUCGUCAUUGGGACUUUUGGUUGACGGCUGAGCGUUAUACACUUUUCUCGGGGACUCUUCAGUCAAAAGGAAACUAUGCACUAUCCCAAGCCGGGGUGCAAAACCUUCUUAUCAACCUCAACUACACUGUCACGCGACCUGAGACCCCCGUCCAGCCUUUUGGAGAUGACGGUGAUUACGAUCUAAGCCCGGACGGCAAGUGGGUGGCCUUCCUUUCGAAAGCUCCCGAGCUUGCAAAGGCAAACUACACUGCGAGCUAUAUAUAUCUAGUUCCUUUCGAUAGCCCUGAGGUCGCCCCAAUUGCGAUAAAUGGGCCGGAUACCGCAGCCCAGGGAAUCGGCGCACUUGGCGCUUCUGGUGGGCCGAGAUUCUCACCCGACAGCUCAAAGAUUGCAUUUUGGCAACAGGAUGGUAUUAGCUACGAGUCGGAUAAGAGCAAGGUCUAUGUUACUGCCGUCAAGAACUCUCCGUCCUACGGCGGAGAGUGGUCCGCCAUCGCCGGGGAUUGGGACCGGUCCGUUGACUCCCUUGCAUGGAAUCCAGAUGGGAAAUCACUGUUCGUUUCUGCGUCCGACCUUGGGGAGGAAAAGCUAUUCACUCUUCCCAUUACCGCACCGCCCAACUACGAGCCUCGUAAAUUCACUGCCGCGGGCACGAACGUGGCAUGGUUUCACAUCUUGUCCGAUUCCAGCGCUCUGGUCUCUGGAAAUAGCAUUUGGUCGUCCAGAGACUUCUACAUCAAGUCUGCGAACGCCACGAAGUUAUUGUUCUCUGCUACCACUACAGAUCCCGAGCUUGAGGGCUUGAGCUCUGACGAUGUGGAGCAGUUCUACUUCACUGGCGCUUUAGGAAUACCGAUCCAGAGCUGGAUAAUCAAGCCCAAGGGUUUCCAAGCGAAUGGCACUUAUCCUCUAGCAUUCAUCGUCCAUGGAGGACCUCAGGGUGGCCAUUACAACUCGUGGAGUACACGCUGGAACUUCAAGGUGUUCGCCGAUCAAGGAUACGUGGUAAUAGCUCCCAACCCCACAGGCAGUUCAGGAUGGGGACAGUUCCUCCAAGACUCCAUCCAGAAUCAGUGGGGCGGUCAUCCCUACGACGAUCUCGUCAAGUGCUGGGAUUACAUAGAAGCAAACCUAACAUACAUCGACACCGACCGCGCCGUCGAACUCGGGGCAAGCUACGGUGGGUACAUGACAAACUGGAUCCAAGGCCACGAUCUCGGAAGGAAGUUCAAAGCCCUAGUCGCCCACGACGGUCUAGCAAGCACGCUCGGUGCUUACGCUACAGAAGAGCUUUGGUUUACUCAACACGAGUAUAAUGGCACGCUUUGGGAUAAUCGCGAAAACUAUGAGAUAUGGGAUCCAGCUGCCCAUAUCAAGAACUUUAGCACGCCGCAGUUCAUCAUCCACAGCGCGGAAGACUACAGACUGCCCGAGUCAGAAGGAAUUGCUAUGUUUAAUUAUCUUCAGUCGAGGGGAGUACCGUCUAGGUUUCUUAGCUUCCCGGACGAAGACCAUUGGGUCUUGAAGCCGGAGAACUCGCUACAGUGGCAUAAGAAUGUGUUGGGGUGGAUUAAUCACUACUCUGGUAUUGGUGGACCUCUUAGUGAUAAUGCCAUUGGUGGUUGAUCGGCUGCGGGAAGGCGAUACGGAACCAGAUUCGCUCUACGGUCGUGUGGAUGCUAUUGGUUGCCAGGCCGCUAGAUUUCUUGCGAAGUAUACGUGGUUGGGAUCAUAAAUCAAAAGUAGAAGAUUA